CAGGCAGAAUGCGGGAGCACGAGGAGGGAGUGGUGGCUGUGCAGAGGAGGGAGAGAAAAGGCAGUGCUGGGGCUGAGUGCUGUCCUCAACUGAGUUCUGUGCCUCAACUCACUGGUGGUACUAACGUAGUUGUGAAGGCCUGUCUCCUGCCCUCCUCGAAUGUAAUUUUAAAACAGCUUUUACCCGAGGCUGCAUAAACACAAAGCUCAUAGCGGCGAUAGCAUUUUCUUCUUUAGCUGUACUACUUCAAUGCAGAUUUUUCCCCAGGUGUGAAUUUGCACUGUUUGGCUGUGGCAGUUAUUGCCUGGCUGGUGUUUCCCGCAGCCAUUGGCCUGCCUUUAUGAGGAGGCUUCCAGCCUCAGCACGGUGUCCUUGCUGCAGCAGCGUGUGCCCACCUUGGCCGUGGUGCUUUGAAAUGGAGAGGCUUCAGUGCACCCUUGCUGUUGUUACAGUUUUCACAAUCAUAUGAUGUGUUCAGGAUAAUGGUGGAACUUCCAGGUUUCUGAAAAUGCAAAAACAAGUGAUCACAGCUGAGUUUGGCGUUAUUCACGUUGCGUUAUUAUUACGUAUCUUUUCUACCAUUUCUGUUGUGUGAGAGUCUGUUAAGUAGAGAGGUGAAGCCUAAAGCAGGGCUGGUAGGGUAACAGAGCUCAGGGAGCUGGGAAGGGAGGAGAAGAGACUGCCCUUCCUUUGCCACUGCCUGGAGGCACUGCGCUGUGCUGCCUGGGUUUCUUACUGAGGGAAGUGUUGCGAGGUACCAGAGCUGAUAAGAUUCAGGUAUCUUGUCUUGUCUGAGGCAUGUCUUCCAAGGAGGCUUGCAGUUAGUCUCAUUGCUAUGUUUGUGUUACUCUGCAAUCUCAAUUUUUUAACCUUUUCUAGUUUUUUCUUGACAAAGAAUCUUUAUACAGCUUGCCUCCAAAUUGUUUUCUAUUCUUCUACUUCUCAUCAUAGAUUUAAUGCUUGCUUUGUAAGCCUCGCAGCAUUCUGCCUCUUAAUUUUUUCUUACUACUAUUAAUAUGGCUCCUUUUAUUUUCAUAUUUCUGAAAUGCUUUUCUCUUUACUUUGGCUUUAGCAGCAAGGUUAAACUUCCCAUUUUCACUCAGCAGUAACCUCACUGUCUUACUGUGCCUGGCCUUGCUGUACCUUCCAGGGCCUUGUGUCUUCCAGUAGUACUUGGGAGAGCUGACAUCUCUGCUCGUGUCUCCUCCUUCUUUGCAGCACCCUUCCUUUUCUGUGCAGUGUGGAACUUCAUAGUUUUUGAAAAAAAACCCACCUUUCAUUUCAGACCCUGACAGUUCUGUCACAGUAUUGAUAUACUGUUAUAUCUCUAAUCACCACGAAUGCAUCCUUUCACCUGAGAUCACACCUUAGCACUGGGAAUUUGUCUAACCCCUUUUCUGUAAAGCAAAUGCACGCAUCAUUGUGACCUGUUUGGUCUUUGUGAUGUAGAUCGCGCUCAUAAAAAUCAACGCCAGAAGCAACGAAGUAUGGUGUUUGGCUAGGUCUGACACACGUCAGCAGGAAAUAGGAGAGGGCUGUGUGGGUCACGCCAUUGCAAUGUCAGAUAAUGCGGAGUGCUGCUCGAUAGCUCCAGUCAUUAACCGAUACAACAGAAGAGUAUCAGUUUGUGCUGAGGCUUUCAAUCCAGACGAAGAGGAAGAAGACACGGAGCAGAGGAUAGUUCAUCCAAAAACUGAUGAACAGCGAUGCAGACUGCAGGAGGCAUGUAAAGAUAUCCUGCUCUUCAAAAAUCUAGAUCAGGAGCAGCUUUCUCAAGUCCUUGAUGCCAUGUUUGAGAGGAAGGUGAAACCUCAUGAACAUGUGAUUGAUCAAGGGGAUGAUGGAGACAACUUCUACGUCAUUGAGGAGGGAUUGUAUGAUAUUGUUGUAGCAAAAGACAACCAGGCACGCUGUGUGGGCCGCUAUGAUAAUCACGGCAGUUUUGGCGAGCUGGCGUUGAUGUACAAUACUCCUAGAGCUGCCACCAUUGUUGCCACAACAGAAGGAGCCCUUUGGGGACUGGAUCGAGUGACGUUCAGAAGAAUUAUAUUGAAAAACAAUGCAAAGAAGAGGAAGACAUAUGAGUUAUUUAUUGAGUCUGUACCCCUUCUCAAGUCCUUGGAGGCAUCAGAACGAAUGAAAAUUGUGGAUGUUAUAGGAGAGAAAGUGUAUCAGGAUGGGGAACGUAUCAUUUCUCAGGGCGAUAAAGCAGAUUGCUUUUAUAUUGUAGAAUCUGGUGAAGUAAAAAUCAUGAUUAAAAGCAAGACUAUGAUGAGUAAGGAAGCUAACCAAGAAGUAGAGAUUGCCCGGUGUCACAGAGGACAGUAUUUUGGAGAGCUUGCACUUGUUACCAACAAGCCCAGGGCAGCCUCUGCCUAUGCUGUUGGUGAGGUCAAAUGUUUAGUCAUGGAUGUGCAAGCAUUUGAGAGGUUGCUUGGACCCUGCAUGGACAUUAUGAAGAGGAAUAUAACACAUUAUGAGGAGCAGCUGGUGGCAAUGUUUGGCUCUAGCAUGGACCUGAUGGAUCCAGGGAAUUAGGCACAGGGUACCUCAGUGCCUUCUUAGUUCAAGACACAGAAAAGCCUCCUAUCAGCAACACAACUCACAAGGAAAAUGGACACUACGGAACAGUUAAUGCUGCUGUCUUCUUGGGCAUUUUAGAAACCAUAAGCAAGUCUCGGCACAGAUGGAUUGCUCGCUCCCUGCCUCCACUUUGCUGCUGAUACUUCAUUAUUAGACCUAGAUUAAAGAUGGUUCUAACUUUGAGUUCACUUACUUGGUUCAGAAUGGCAUCUGUCCAGCAGUUCAAGUGCCUGAUACGACACCCAAAGUGUGCAAGAUACAGAAGCCUCCUUCCUUCUGGUGUUCCUGUGGGAUAAAUUUUCAGAUCAGAUUUUGUGGCAGGAGGUUGCCUGUUCCUCAGAGGCAACCUGUGAAGUACAAACCUUUGAUAGGUUUAUUAUCUUCUAACACUUCAUUUACCCAAAUUUGCUUUUAAUUGUAGCAGCUGGAUUUGACAUUAAAAUGUCAAUGGAGCCAGUUAGUAAGAUGGCACUGAAGCUUUCUUCCACCUGUGGAAAACUGCAGGUUCUACAUUAAACCAAGUAAACUGAGCUGGGGACACAGGUGAGAGUCUGAUUAGCAAGAAAAUGCAGAAAAUGAAGCACUACUAAAUUUCAAGUGUUUUCUGAGCAGCAAAGAAAAUUACUUCAUGCUUCCCAAAAAAGUGCAGUGGUUCAGAUCAUAUGGCUUGAAGGUGUCAUAGUUGUCUCCUACCCAGAUUUGCUCCAUGUUUUUGACACUAUAUGUAUAUAUAUACAUACAUAUAUACACACACGUGUGUGUAUAUAUACAUAUAUACAUAUAUAUAGAUGACCUUUCAUUUACAGCGAUCCUUUAUACUGCAGAUUUGCCAGGGUGCUGUUGUCUGACUCAAUUUUAAAGCUUUUUAAGAAUGAAUAUUUUGUAAUUUAAAGGAAGACUACUUCUGUAUUUAUCUACAGAAGCUCCCUCCUUCCAGGGUCACAGUAUUGUAACUUAAUUAGACACUUGAAUGCUUUCAAAUGCCACAGAUUUCAUAAGCCUUUCAAAAGUUGUCAGCAUUUGUCUUUGCAAAGCAAAGGUCUUUGCUAACUAGACAAUUGGUGUAUUGGCGGAAUCUUUUGGUUUAGGUGAUAACUAAGCUAAUUAUGUUUAUCUAAAAUACCUGUUAAAUUUGCAGCAUUUACUAGGUAGAGUGUUUCCACAGCUUUAAUGAACUUAAUUGGCAUACUGCUAAGGUUUUAUCAGAGCACUAUAUAAAUAUGAAUCAGACAAUAAGAAGGACAUUUUUAUGGUGUGCAAAAGAAUAUUUAUAUAGAGUCAUAGAAUGGCUUGGGUUGGAAGGGACCUCAAGGAUCAUCAAGCUCUAACCCCCCUGCUGCAGGCAGGACCACCAAUCUCCAUAUCUAACACUAGACCAGGCUGCUCAAGGCCCCAUCCAACCUGGCCUUGAACACCUUCAGGGACGAGGCAUCCACAACCUCUCUGGGCAGCCUGUUCCAGCACCUCACCACUCUCAUAGUAGAUAUCCAACCUAAAUCUUCCCUCCUUCAACUUAAAAACCAUUUUCCCUUGUCCUGCCAUUAUCUACCCUUGUAAAGAGUUGGCUCCCCUCCUGUUUGUAGGCUCCUUUUAGGUACUGGAAGGCUGCAAUGAGGUCACCCCACAGCCUUCUCUUCUCCAGGCUGAACAAGCCCAGCUCCCUCAGUCUGUCUUCGAAGGGGAGGUGCUCCAGCCCUCUGAUCAUCUUUGUGGCCCUCCUCUGGACCCUCUCUAACAGCUCCCUGUCUUUCUUGUACUGGGGGCCCCAGACCUGGAUGCAGUACUCCAGAUGGUGCCUCACGAGGCAUAGCAGAGAGGGACAGUUACCUCCCUGUCCCUGCUGGCCACCCCUAUUCUGAUGGAGCCCAGGAUAAAGAUAUGAAAUUCGUAGGUAGUAAAUCUGUGACCCUUUGAAUUUAUGUUCUUCUGCAGCUCAUGAUAAGAACUUACUGGUGUUUUAUGUGGAUUAUGAUAUUUUAAUUGUGGAUGCUGGUGUAACAAUGUGCUGGCUUGAUUCACAGCCAUCUGAGAAAGAAUAGAAGGAUGCUAAUGUGGAAUUCCUGCUUCUAGUUGUUACAGUGGUGGAUAUUUCUUUAAGGCACAGAAAACUCCACUGCAACUCUGAGUUGAUUUCUGGGUGACUUUCUUUUCCCUAAAUAGAUGAGGUCCUCCCAGUUUCUUCAAUAUAAGUAAGAUGGAAACUUGAUAAGUUUGACUAUUGUCUAGUUACUGUAAUUGGAAUAAUAUUUUUAUAAAAUGCAAAAGAUAUGUAAUGGGCACCACUGAACAAGGUGCUUCCAUAGCAUUAAAGUCCUGGUUGUAAUGUGUAGCAGCUGUUCUAACUGCAUGUAUUUUAGAGCAGUGAAUUUCCUUUGCUCUCCUGGGCUAGUUUUUCUUUCUUUCUUUUGUGAUAAAUUACAGCCAAAGAAGCAGCAGGUACUUCAUUCAUGCUUUCAUGCUUCUGAGGUUUAACACCAAAGACAAUAUCCUUCUUUUAAUUAUGGGUUAUUAUUAUUCUUUUGUUUGUUCUCUUAAAAAAAAAAAUGGAAACAAUCCACUCAUCAGCUCCUUUCCUUGAUACUUUAAAGUUCAAGAUGGCUUCUGUCUUGGAACCCAAAACAACUUAGACUGUCCGGCAACCCAGACGUAAACUGGUCUGCAAACCAGUAUGAGUUAAGUGCUGCCUAAGCUGUCAUGUGAACUAAAGAGCAGCUUGCUGUGAAUAAUCAUCAGCUGCGCCUUUGUUGCUCCCAGGCAGAAUAUCCUCUGUUCAGAGGGGCCUAGAAGGUUGAGCUGUCUCACAGAUGGGUUCUGUUUCCUACAGCCCUUGGUUCUCUGCAGGACAAGAUUUUAUUCCUCAACAUAUGCAAACAUUGGCAGUUGUUUUGUAGCAUAACAAAAUGCCUAGACUGAUGUUAGAUUUUAGUUAGUUCUGCCUGGAAGGGAAGAUUUCAUGGCUUCUAGAAGUCAAAGGAGAGGAUGAGAACAGCAAUUCAGAAGAUUGGGAUCCAAGAACAACAGUUUGGAGUUGUACCUUUCUCUGGACUCCCUGAAGCAAAAGCAUAUUGGGCAAUGCCAUCCUGCAUCCAGGGUCUGUGACCUCUUUCUGUAGUGUGAAGAGGCAACCUGACUCAAAUCCUUCAGCUGAAGGAGAGUGAGUCUGUAAGAAGGCUCAUCCACGUGUAGUGUUGUAGCUUGCAACGUGCAUGAUUAGUUUGGUUUAACCAUCGUGUUCUGUGCGAUCUCAAAGCAUGAAGGUACUGUCCAGAGUUUGUGGUGAGAUGCUGGGUGUUGCCAGGUACCUGGUGAGCCAAACAGCGCCGGCAGUGAGCAAAGUCAGAAAACACGCAGGCAGUGAUAGUGUGACUGGGGAGUGAAGCAAAGUGCCUGGUUGUGAAGAUCUGCCUGCAUUACUGCAUCUCAGCUUAUUCCUUUUCACUAUGACUGCUCCUCACAAGUGAGCAGAAUGCGCACAGUUGUUUUUGUUGUUGUUAGAGCUCAGUGAACAGUAAAUGUGCUGUGACUCCCUGGAAUUAACAGUGGAGACAGGUCUAGUUUUGAAUCAAAGAACUCAGCAGCAAAGUGGGUAAAAAGGAUCGUGUCUUUGAGACUUGGAGGGGAAAAAGAUUCCGAUUCCCUGCUUGUGAUUGUUGUGAAGGCAGUGAGAGGAGCUUUCAGUGGUCGAAUCUCCUGGCAUAUGGUAUUUCUAUUUAAUGUCACAGCACAGGUUUCACAAUGUUUAAACAAAGGGGGGGCAGAAGUGCUCUCUUCUGAAAAAGAAAAACAAAACUAUGUGCAAUUUUGCACAGAGGGCAAAAAAAGAAAUCCCUUUGAAUGUCACUUCCAGUCUUUCUUUUCCAUUGGCUGAAAAUGGACUCUUGUUCUUGAUGUGUAUUUGUAAACUAGUCUUGCCAAAAUACAAACACUUUGUGUUUCUUUUCACUCCAGAUGAUUUUUGUUGUUACGGUUAUUGCUGAUCAUUUCGCUUCCUUCAAACCAGAUAUUUUAUUUCAAGAGGCCUUCCUUGUGGAUUUUCUCCUGGUCAUCUGCAGCACUACUCUGCUGUUCCGAGGUGGAAGAGAAAGUCGCUAACCUCAUAAGAGAACACUCAACUCCGCUUAGCUGCCUGGAGCUAAUAAUGCGUUACUAAUUUUCCUCUGCUUUGUGGGGCAGGAGGGGAAUUAAAUUCUGCAUAAAGUUGCUACCUCAAGGCUCCAAGUGCUUUGAAAGUCUUUCACUUGGGAGAAUUUCAUAAGACAGUUCUUAAAAUUGGUCUGUUCUUUUUGAGUUAAAUAUGUUUUUAAUUGAUUUGAGGGACCCUUAUUCAUUUUACACUUAGUAUUUGAUUCUCAAAGGGUGAACAGCUGCAAAGUUUGAUUCUUGCAGUACAGUGUUAACGUGGAAAAAAAAAAGUAUCUGCCAUAUAAACAUAUGGUUUUAAAAAGUUAAACCACUCUGGGGUUCGGCUUCACUUUUGGUUAAUAAACUGACAUGUUGUGUCCAGCCUUCCUGGUA